AUGAGUAGAGAAAAAGAUUUGUAGGAUAACAGGGUUCGUAAUGAAAAAUAGGACUGAUAUUAUGGAAAAGAAAAAACGCAUCUUAUACAGGAUUUACAUUGCACUAAAAUAAAUUUUCAUGCUUUUCCUACUACUUCUGAAAAACCUCUAAUCGGCUCAAUCUUUUAUAGUUACUUUGUCUUUUUCUAAUUGUUCAUUAAUUAUCGCUAAUACUUAUUUUAUUCGGUGAAAGGUAUCACGUAAGUUGUUAUAAACUUGGUGUCAUUGACGUUCUAAUGAAGAAUUUGAAAAGUCCUCUAUGUCAAUUCUGUGAACGCUUUACUAACAACAAUUUAAUUGCUAUUAAAAUCAUAAUAAUGUAACUUAAUUAACUUGCCACGUGAUUUAAUCGCCUUUCAAAAAUAUGCCCGUCAUAGAACAGUGAUGACGGCAAUACUGAAUAUAAGGUUCGUUGGUAAGAGGCUUGUGUUGAUUGAACACACCUUCAAACAUACAAAAUGAAAGGAGCGACCGAUUACAAUUUAUUACCAAAAAAUGGAUUGGUGUUAACAGGAACAAGCGUAUUGCCAUUAGUUAUUAAUUAAUAUUGUAGUAAUAGUUGUCAACGAUUUCGCUAAAAUGUCUCGUCAUCGUACUGUGAGAAGUAAAAAUUUUUCAGAUGAAUACGAUGGUUUGGAGGAUUGCUACGGGCAUUCAGUCGAAGAUGACUAUUGCAUUUCUCCAAGUGCGGAGCAAUUUAUGUACGAUCGCACUAAGCAAGCAAAUAUUGCAUCAUUCAUGACCGAGCCAGAUAUCGUAGAAGAUAUAGAAGAGGUUGAAGAUAUGCCAUCUAGCUACAAGGUGCCGCAUCUAUCUGACAUUGAUGCAGCUAAAUUAAUGUCUUGUGUGGAAACAAUUAAAAAUGUUAUAGGAGACACAUAUCCAGAAUCAGAACUGAAUAGAAAAAUUAUUGAAUUCAAAUUCAGUACAGAAGCUGUUCUUGAAUCAAUUUUAAAUGACGAAUCAUCAAAAAAUAUAACAGUUUCAGAAAAACAACCAUUGGAAAAAACUUUUGAUAUACAACCAGGUUCCAAAUUUAAACAUUUUUUUAGAAAUAACGCUAGUGCUUCAAUACCCAGCAACAUAACUACAAAUUCUGAUUUAAAAUGCAAUUCAGAAAAAGGCUGUGAUAAAAGUAGUGAAGAAUUUCCCUCUUUGUCUGAUAUGAUUACUGUUAAUAUUAAACUACCAGAAAACAAGUUAAGACCAUUAAAUUCUCUUGAUGGUUUAACAGCAUAUCAUUCGAAAAUUGCAGAAAAGAAAUCCAACAAAUCUACUUUUUCAAUUCCCAAAAUUAAUUUCAAUAGUUUCAAACAAUCAACUAAUAGUUGUAAUGAUUCUCUCAGCUUUAGUUGUUUGGCUGACUUAACUGCUCAUCAUUUAAAAAUUUCGAACGACAACAAAUCUUCUGGAUUUGUUAUUCCUAAAAUUGGGCCUAAAGAUUUGAAGUCCGAUGAAAGUGAUACACCUUCGUUCAAUUCACUUGCAGAACUAUCCAAUCAUCACUUGAAAAUAUCAAAUAACAAAAAAGAUUCUAAUAGAAAUUUCGUAUUGCCUUCUGACUUUGUUACACCAAAGAUCGGUUCUAAAAAUAAUGAUUCGAAUCAAAGUAGUUCGCUACCGUUUGGUUCGCUCGCGGAAUUGACUGCACAUCAUUUGAAAAGUUCAAAUAAAGAUACAAAUUUUGAAGCUCAGUUAUUUGGUUUCGUUAUUCCCAAAGAGGAUUCAUCGCUUUCAAAUAUCAAAAUGCACAUUAAAAAAGAAAAAAACAUUGAUUCAAACAUUAAAUUGACGAUACCUGAUCUGAUCAUAAAGAAAGAAAAGGACUUGGAAGACAAUCCAAAUCUCUCAAAGUCAUUUUUGGAAGAUAUAUCGAAUUUGCGUAUCGAAGAAUUUGAUCCUAAUAAAUUCAUUGAAAGUGAAUCAAUAAAUUUUUCCAUACACAAAAUAGCUAUCAAAUCAGAAAAGCCAGAUAGCGCGAAAUCUAAAGCAUUAGAAUUGUCGUUAGAAGCAGUCAAACGAGAGUGCAAUCAAUACCGCGUGAAAGCUAGGAACCAGCGGAAAUCAGCAUCGCCAUUCGGUAAAGUUUUGUGUAAAAGUUUUUCUAGAAAAGUACCGUAUCCAAAGGAAAUAGUACGAGAUAGUACUGUUAAUAGUAGGAGAACCAUUUUACCAUUCGACUUUUCAAGUCCAUCACCGGAUUCGAUAGUUCUUGCUCGAUUGAGAAGAGGAGUUGUCGUAUAAAUUUGUAAUAUAGUGUAAGCUAAGCUUUAAUAGUUGAGAAGAUAUUUAUUUUAACGACCUUAUUCUAUACUUUUAUUGUUGAGAGAAAAUGAAUUUGUAGUGAUAACUUGAUAUUACAUAAACUUUGUAAUUAUAAAUUUGCAAAUUGCAUAAUAUUGAGGCCUCAUGUAAUUGCAUAAUCAUUGCUAAUAUUGACAUCGAAAUAAGUCUUGCGUUAUUUAUUAAUUUUGUGAAAUUUUUGUCUAAAAUAAAUUACUUUUAUUUGGAUAUUGCUAUUGCAUAAUACAUUGUUGGAAUUCAAAUGAACGUUGUAUAAGGGUAACUUUUAAAUACGUAAAAGAAGCAUUUUUUUCCCCGAAAUACUUUGCAUAAUUAUAUUUUGAUAAUUUUUAUGAAACGAACGUUGUUUAACUAUAAGAUGACUGCAAGUAACAUUGUAAAAUCGUUUAUUAAAAAAAUAUACAUAAUACAUAAUUAUUACACGAACUGACUUUCUUAUUUUU